CAACGUGCCUGCCCUUGUUCUCAUUGAUCCUACCCCAAAAAGGUCCAAACUCAAACCUUGACCGAAGCUUCACACUUCUUCUGCCCACGCCAUCUUCCAAUCUUCCACACCCACGCAUACACACAUGAUCCUUGCCACGUUCCACAAAAGAACAUUAGCUUGAUCCGUGUCCCAACUAUCGACUCUUCUCCCCACGGCCAGGAGCCACGAGACAAGGCACCCUCGUCGUCUUUGAUACCUUUUACUUGAUCUUUUGAUUUCCCUGUUGUUGGGCAUGAUACAGCUCGCUCCUUCCUCUUUUCUCUCUACAACCCCAGAACUUUCGCUAACCUCGUGACGCUCUUCCUGUCUUUACUAGUCCCCAGCACCAUCACCCGUCUGAAGUCGAUAUGUCUUGUCCAUAGUCUUGGUCCAAACUACCAGCCGUUUCACACUCGUUACUGAAGCUCAUCGACGACCGACCGGUUUUUUCCUUUGGUCUGUUGAGCAACUUCAACCACAUACAGUCGCUCACUCGUUUGUGGACAAUGUGGUGGGAAGAUGCUCCUCCCUGAUGGCCAAGAAAAAGCCAACGACUCCCAGACUCAACUUCCUGUCGCUGGCCCCUCCACUCCGGGCAACUUUACGUUCGUCAACCAGGCCGACGACCUGGUCUCUCUGACUCACCGCAAGAUCAGCAAUACUGAACAACGCCAUGCAAUUCGUUCCCAUGUCAUGCAGAGGGUCCGCAAGGAGGAACUCGCCCAAGGAAAGAAACGGCCCACCGGACGUGAGCUCCCCAAGCGGACUACAAGUACCCAAGUCAUCAAAUCCCCAACCGAACGCUCCGACUUUGCCAUCAAAGAUGAACCUGUCAGUCUUUCGCCCGCCUCGAUCAAAGAAGAACCAAGUGAUCAGAUGGCGCUCUUGCCACCAGCACGGCGGCUCUCUGAAUCCACCACUGUGAGACCAAGUCCGAUUCGACGCAUCUCCUUACAUAGCAGCCCAGCUGUGCACGAAUUCGACCCGUUCCAGACCCUACCGUCCGGUCGAGUCUCGCACAAGGCUCUGGAACGUCUCUUGACGUAUUGUUUCGAUACCCUUCUGCCUAUAACGUUUUCGGUCGAAACGCUAUCCCACCCGCAAAAGCUGGCUCGGCAAGGCAUUGUUCUUCAAAGCAAAAUCUCAAGUCCACCAGUCUUUCUAGGGUUCAUGGCGACUGUGGCUGCCCAUCGAGCCAUAUUUCAUGGCCUGCACAAGGACUUGGCUCCCUCAUCCAUCAAUCACGACGACCUUAUCACGGACCCGGAAUACAAACGAGUCAAGCAUGAAGCCAUCGUCGCCGUGCGGAACGCGGUCCAGACCCGGGCAAAAGUCGACCAGUACUUACUAGAAGCGUGCUUUGGACUGGUGUCGACCGCCACCGUGGUGGGAAACUUCCAAGAGGCCAAGAUCCAUCUACAGGGCGUAGCAUCAAUGCUAGCAUCCAACCCGGAGCUCAGCGGCAUCCAAGAGUGGGUGCCCAUCACCAAUGUCAAGAUCGCGACCGCCAUUUUAUGCCAGCCGUGUCUCACCAUUCCCUGGGACCGACAAGACAUGCCCCAGGACCUGCUCGACAAGACCCUCCCCAACCACAGAGCUGAUCCUCACCGCCUGAAUUCAGCCUUCACCCACGUCGAGGGGCUGAGCGACAAGCUUAGGCAGCUCCUGUUGCUUCAUCAAGACCUGUUCAGCCUAUGCGACUAUGUCGCCGUCCACCCCCGCCGCCUGACAGCAGUGGAGAACCGGAUUCUCAAUCGCAAGGCCAUCGAACUGGAGUAUGACUACGUCAACUACGUGUACGAGACCGGCAAAACAUACAAGUGUCGCUCCUCCUCGAGCACACAAGCACAUGCGCACCCGACGAUUCCACCAUUAGAAGACGUUAUUCGUCUCGCCGGCCUUGGCCUCUGCUCGAUUCUUCCUCAUACGAUCCUACCGUCUUCCGGCAAUGGGCGCGCGUCAACUCAGCACCAGAAACAGGCAAUCGAGAGAUGGCGGCGCGAACGGCGACACCCAGGAGUUAAUGAAAUGUCGGCCGUGGUGUGGGCUCUGUUCAUCUUUGUGCAACGCAGCCUCCAUCAACCAGAACAGCAAUUUUUCGCGUCAUUGCUGCGGCGUAUGACGCACGACCUGUGGCUCCUCACUUGGGAAGACGUCGAGGCCACUGUUGCCGGCUAUUUGUACAUGCCUCGCACCCAAGCUAAGCUUUGGAGGGGCAUUUGGGACGAGUCUGUAUAGCCUUGGUCCUAUUGUUUGGCCAUGGAUGCGAGAGAAAAGUGUCUCUUGCUGCUCGACCAUGGUCAAAAAGAAAGAUGAGAUGUAAUGGAUGUGUCUGUCCAUCCGUAUAUACCAAAUCAUGAUACAUUAUACUAGAGUGGGGAACCAAUAGUGCAAUACUAUGCCCUGCAUCUCAAUCCAUCCAUCAAUCAGCGUAUACAUACAGAGCUGAUUCCCCAUAAU